AUGAAGAAAGAGUGGGAUACGCUGGAUUCCGGCUGGGAAGCCCUCGAGUCCAAAAUAAGUCAGGCCGGAAUGUCCAUGGUGUCAUCUAUCCCGCCAAGCUUCGUGAGAUUGAACGUUGGUGGGCUGGACGUCAACAUUGCUCGGUCGGUGUUCAGGAAGACAGGUGAAGCAUCGUCAUCGAGUUGGACGCUAGGAGAUCUGUUCGAAGGGUGUGUGUGGGACAAGCGUCUUCCGCGUUCUGAAGAUGGCCGUAUUGUGCUGGAUGCGUCUGCCGUUUGCGUUGAGGAACUUCUCUGUGAUGGUGCAUCCUCGAAGAGGUCCGGAAACAACAACUUGCCCGUCGACGAGAAGCCGUAUAUUGGUGGUGUAGCCAGUGCUCUUGGGCUGUGUGUUGGUAUGAAGGUCACUGGAGGAAGCACCAUACUCCAACUCCAUGAAGCCGAGCGGCUUACAGCAACUUUUUUGGGGUGGUGCCCCGGUAGGCCGGAGGGGCUGGAGCUGCUCUACCGUGCGUCCCGGGAUGGCUGGUCUGGUGCAGCGUUCCAUGCCCGGUGCGGGGAUGACAGUCCCUUCACGACCUCCUUGUUUCGAAUAAAGGUUGAAAGCAACGAAGACAGCUACAGCGUCGUCGGAGGAUUCUCAAGCGUUCUAUGGACCACACGUUCGACUGAUGAUCGUGGUGUGCACUCACCCGGAUCGUUCUUGUUCAUGCUCUAG